AUGGUAAUGUGGGAAGAAAAGAAGUUUCUAAUAGGAGCUGGUGUCGGUGCUUCGAUACUUGUUUACUAUGUUAUCAGGCGCCUCAGAGAAAACUCUAAAAAUAAUGAUUUGAUUCCAAUCGGGACGGUGAAGGAGUUGUAUGUUUAUCCUGUGAAGUCAUGCAAAGGAAUUAGUGUGUUCUCCUUCUACUGCCAUCCCCUUGGCCCGGUUUCUGGAGAAAACUUUGAUCGGUUCUUCAUUGUCAUAGAUGGCAAAACUGGACGGUUUUAUACAGCUCGGCAGAAGCCUGUGAUGGUAACUAUAGAGUGUAAAGUUUCCGACAAUACUCUGCUGGUAAGGACCAAGGAAGGCAAUAGCGUAACAGUUGAUAUCGACAGUGUUCGCAAAAACAACUGUUUAAGAACAGCAAUGUGAGU